CAUGGCCUUCCAGAAAAUUUCAGAAAUAUCCAGAAAAUAUGUGUUAUUACUCAUUUGUAGCUCGAUAGACCUUUUUCAACAGAUAUUUAUAUAUUCCUAGAUGAAUUGAAAAAGUUUGAUGAAAUAUGGAGCAUCAAUUGAAGACUGGUGAGGGUAUAAAAUCCCAGGCAGUUGUUAAGUAUGCAGCACUGGAGCCACCUGCCAAGUUCUUACAGCUCCAGCCUAAGACUGACUUGAAGCUACCACCCGCAAACUGGCUACGAGGGGACCCAAAGAUACAAAACAUGGCCUCAGGCAAAGUUAAUCACGAUGACUUUCCAAGCUUCAAUAUGGCGAAUGGGUCUCCCGAGUUAAUAGGAGAGAAUGUAGAUGUGGUGUCAGACUCCAAGAAUAUCAAGAAACUUUUGAAGAUCCCAUACAGCAAGGGAAACCACAUCUCAAUGAUGGUUCACAGAGUUGGAAAGACUCUUUUACUUGAUGAGUUUGAUAUUCACAGACACCUGCUUCGGAAACAACAGGAUGACUGGCGUUGGCUGAGGAAGUUUUACUACGAGACAAUACUUCAGAAUAUGAGUCAAGAUAAGGAGAAGUGGAUUAAUAAGAAGAACAGGAGCAGGGAUGUGCUGCAGAACAGAAACAUGUUGUCAAAGUUCCUCUAUUACAGCAUAGGGGAAGACGCAGAGUUCAGCCUGGAGGCAGAUCCCAGCAGUGUCUCACAGAAUGACCAUCAGUCUAUGAACCAGACUAAGCAAGCAAUACCAGAACCUGAGAAACCCCAGCAAGGUUCCAGUUACUACCAACGAGAAUUACUGUGGAAUUUCGAGGACAUCCGAAUGUUGCUUGGCACCGAUUUGCCCAUAUUUGGAGGUGGGACUCACCCAUGUGUCAGCUUGCGUCUACAAGACAACAGCAAGCCUAUCAAUGUACUGACUGGGAUAGACUACUGGUUGGACAAUCUAAUGUGCAAUGUACCUGAGAUAGCAAUGUGCUACCAUCUCAAUGGAAUAGUAGAGGGUUAUGAGCUGCUGAAGACUGCUGAUAUCCCAAAUAUAGAAGGCUCAAAGUUCUCUCCCAAUGUUAUCAAGGAUGUUGCUCAGAACAUCCUCUCAUUUCUCAAGACCAAUGCUACACAGGAGGGACACACUUACUGGCUGUUUAAGGGUAGUAACGAUGAUGUUGUAAAACUCUAUGACCUGACUACACUAUGUGCCGACAAUAUGGAUGGCCCUACAGACAACCCAUUCUCAAUCCCAGUUGGUAUACUGCUGUACAGGGUGGCUAGAAACCUCAGUAAAACAUCGGGAAAGAAGAAAUCUGGAACUAUCAGAACUUUACUAAAAAACUGCUUAAUGUUGCUUGACAAAGAAGAACAUGCACAGGUUGUGACAUCAGCGAACUAUCUGAUGUCAGACCUGUAUGUACCAGAUGACAUCUCAAGUGUUGAGAGUGAUGUCAGUUCAGAGUCUGAAGAUGAGGAGUAUGUUGAACAGGAGCAAGACCAGGCUGAGGAGGAAGAUGAGAGUUGUAGAAAGUCUACCACAUCAGUAGAGGUACAGGCACUAUGUCUAGCAGAGAAGAUAAAAGAGCCAGGCAGCCAACUGCAAAGAUACCCAGCUGUGUGUGGUAACAAGGAGGACAGAUGUAGAGAGGCACUGAAACACAUCCUAGCUGGCCUUCAGUGUUUAGACACCAGUGCCACUAAAUGCACAACACAUAUAGAGCCAGAAGAGCAGGCGAAGUGUAACCCAUAUGAGGCAAUCCCAAUGCACUAUGAACCAAUUAACAAAAUGACUGUAAAAUCUAAGGAUGAUCCAGAUGGUGCGAGAUUAGCCAAUCAUAGGGGUAGUUCAGUGGAUAAUGAGAUAUCUACAAGAGCAGGACAUGAGGAUUUAAGCAGUCAUGCAGUCUCUAAAUUACAUCUCUUGUCUCUACCGCACAAUUCCUGGCAUACUCUGUCCAAGUUCUUGCUCUUGAAGAAAGCUGUGCUUGCGUAUUAUGGAGUAGUGGAUUCUAAGUUGGCCAUACAUGAAUAUGGACAGGCUAUGAAAUAUUUAAAGAUUUCACUGAAAUGCUUGGAGACAAUGAGAGUUUUGCUGCCUGCAAAGUUCACUGAAAACUCUAAGCUUUUGGGGGAAAUUCUUGCUUCUGCAGCAGAUAUACGUCUGAUGUUGAUUCACAGCUCAGAUAUCAAGGGACACAUUGAAGACAUGGACAAUGUUACUGAUAUAGACCUUGCCAUCCUAGAGAGUGCAGAGAAAGAACUCACUGAAUUUGAGUACAUGUGGGUAUGUGAGGUGAGCAGUGAUGUAGAACGGAGCCUUGUGAGGUGUGCCAUGUGCUAUGAACUGGCACUGCAAUAUGUGCAUGUAAGAGAUAAAGAUGCAUGGAGGAACAUACAGAAGAGGUUUGGCAAUGUUCACAAUGAGCUAGGAGUCUUCUAUAUGAACCAGGCGUCGAAUUGUGCAGAUAAUGCUGCAAAGGUGAUAGAGCUGUGUAAGCAAGGAGGUUGCUGUUUUAGGCAGGGAAUAGAGGCAUUUGAGUUGAUCCGCGACAAGACAAACACGGCACUAUUAUACUCUAACUAUGGCAGGCUGAUGAGAUUGUGUGCCAAGUCAAGCGUGAAACAGAUUGAUGAUGGUUCUAGGGAAGAGUUUAGCCAGCAAGAGAAACAUUACUAUCUGCAGGCAGCUGACCAUUACAAGAAGGCUCUGAGUGUACUUGAGAGAAGAGGAGCUCAACAUGCUGAGAUCUGGGACUCUGUAACCUGGGAACUCUCCACAGUUUACUUCAACAUGGCCACUCUAAUGCAGGACCACGCUCCUCUAUCACAUAUGGCCAAAGACCAGGUGGAAAAAGAGGUGACAGAAUUAAUGACCAAAGCAUUGAAGUAUUGUGACGUGAAUAGUGAGCAGUCUCGUCAGAUCAUGUGUCAGUACAGGGCAGCUAGCAUUCACCACAGACUGGCAUCUCUCUACCAUAAUGCCUUCAGGGCACAUAAUGACAGUAUUAAGAAGAAACAUCUUCGACAGUUGGCAGAGUUGCAUUAUGGGAAGACGUCUGCUUAUUUCAAAUAUGUUGACACUCCUUGUGAACUGUUGAGAGUACAGUUAGAGCGGGUUGCCUUGGAGGAAUACCAGCUGACAGGUCUCACCAACGUAUCAACAAAGCAGAAGCUUCUAUUAGUAAUGCUAGGCUACAUCAUAGACUCAAGGGGAUCUAUAGAUUCCAUACACAAACAACUUUCUGAUAAACACACAGCUCAACCUGAAUUUGAAGGUUAUGUGGGGGAGACUGAAAAGUUACUGGGAAUACUGGAAUCUCGCCUACAAUUUGUGCUGCUUAAUCUAGUCAAAAACAGUGCUGCGAAUGCAAAGAAAAAUAAAUCAGAUGGAGUGCACAAGGACGACUACAAGGCCAUGUAUGCAGUUGCAUUAAAACAAGCAUCCCAGAAUUCAACACUUCAAGACAAGUGCUUCCACCUAUUGGGAGUGUUAUAUAAACUCCAGGAAAUGUAUCAGAAACUGGAAUGUAGUGCAUCAUAAAACAUGGAUUUCUCAUGAAGAUAAUGUUUAUUAUACUGGAGCAGGACUUAUACCUCAUUGACAUAAAGAUUGUAGACUCACCAAACAAGUGGCACAAAACAGCAAUCA